AUGACGACCGCGAUUUACGACCCCGAGAAUAUCUUCGCCAAGAUCAUUCAGGGCGACGUUCCGGCGUACAAACUGUUUGAGACGGAGCAUGUGGUCGCACUUCUCGACGUCUUUCCCGUCACUCCCGGCCAUGCGUUACUGCUAACGAAAGCUGCCGGCGUUGCAACUGUCAUGGACAUGACACCGGACGUGGCAGCCAAUGUGUUUAAGGAACUCCCACGUCUUGCCAAGGCUGUGCAGGAAGCCACAGGCUGCGACGGCGUGAACAUUAUCCAGAACAAUGGCACGGCCGCGGGACAGGCUGUGUUCCACGCGCACAUCCACGUCAUCCCGCGCUUUGACGACGACGGGCUCUUGAAGCUGCCUGCAAACCAAACAAUGAUCACUGAGGAGGAUGGCAUUGCCAUGCAGAGCAAGAUCCAGGACAAGCUAUCGACAUCCGAUGGUAGUGUCGACUAA